AUGCUGGCUAUGCUGCCAGUUGCUUUCGCUGGGUUCAAUCCGGCAUCAAGCAAGAACGUUGCUAUCUAUUGGGGCCAGAACUCACGCGGGCUGGGUACGGGGCCCCUGGCGCAGCAGCGACUGAGCUACUAUUGUUCAAACACCGACAUUGACAUCAUCCCCGUUGCGUUCAUGAACGGCAUCACGCCACCCGUGACCAACUUUGCGAAUGCCGGAGACAACUGCACCAAGUUCUCCGACAACACGAACGUCUUGAGCUGCCCUCAGAUUGAGGCCGAUAUCAAGGCCUGCCAGGCCGCCGGCAAGACCAUUAUCCUGUCUCUCGGUGGUGCGACUUAUACCCAAGGCGGCUGGAGCAGCGCGAGCGCCGCCCAGGACGCGGCGCAGGCGGUCUGGGACAUGUUUGGCCCCGUCGGCAAGACGGUGGACCGCCCCUUUGGCUCGGCCGUGGUGGACGGCUUCGACUUCGACUUCGAGUCCCCGACCAGCAACCUGCCCGCGUUCGGACAGAAGCUGCGCAGCCUCAUGGAUGGCGCUGGCGGCAAGAAGUUCUACCUGACCGCCGCCCCGCAGUGCGUCUUCCCGGAUGCUGCCAACGGGGCGACCAUCAACGCCGUCGCGUUCGACUUCCUCAUGAUCCAGUUCUACAACAACUGGUGCGGCGUGAGCAACUUCAACGAGGGCUCCACGACGCAAAACGCCUUCAACUUUGACGUCUGGGAUAACUGGGCCAAGACGACGAGCCCCAACAAGAACAUCAAGCUGCUGAUCGGUAUCCCCGCUGCGCCGGGCGGUGGAGGCGGUUACACCAGCGGCUCCAAGCUCAAGGCGGCUUUCCAGUGGUCCAAGGCGUAUAGCAACUUCGGCGGUGCCAUGAUGUGGGACAUGUCCCAGCUCUACUCCAACGAUGGGUUCCUCAGCGAGGUGGUGAGCGACCUCGCUGGCGGCCCGACGACGACGACGACGACGACCCCUGGCGGCGGCACCACGACCACAACUACGACCACGUCCACGACCGGGUCGACGCCUCCUCCCACUGGGACCCUUGUGCCUCACUGGGGACAGUGCGGCGGGCAGGGAUGGACGGGCCCUACGCAGUGCCAGCCUCCUUACAAGUGCGUGAGCGGCGGGCAGUGGUGGUCCUCGUGCCAGUAAUAUGGCGCUGCUGGACAUGGCAACCGCGGGCUUUGAUCGUGUUUUGCAGGCAAACAGAAACCAGUUGGACAUUCUUCCGUAUAUAGUUUUCGGAUGCUAUUUUUUUUGGCCUCCGGUACAUGCUGCACAGAUCGUAUAUACUACUACUACUACCACC